CCAUCCAGAUAUGGUUUGACAGCGAAAAAAAAGUUUUCAUGUCAGUCGGUCAAAAUUCAUUGUUGCCUGUCCAGCCAAUCAUAGUUUUUGACGACACAAAAGAGGCUAAAGUUGGAGUAUAAAAAGGUGCGCGCUAAUAAAGUAUGAUGCCUAUCAGUGUGGGACAUUAAUCCAAGUCCAGCGCAGCGCGCAUCAGGUCCAGCUCUCACUAAAGGAUCUCUUCCUCUCUUUUUCUUUUUUCUUUUUUUUUUUAAACUCAAACCACACACCUGAGAGAACAUGCAUGUGUCUCAGAUCGUGCUGUAUCUCAGCUUGCUGCUUGCUUUGGGUCCAGUCGCUCUGAGCGACCAUGAGACGCACCAGCAGCCGUCCGCCACCAGCGCAGCGGACACGGAGCAGUGCGCGACCUGCGAGGUCCGGCAGCAGAUCAAAACCAUGCGGCUCAACGCCAUCAAGUCACAAAUCCUGAGCAAGCUGCGGAUGAAGGAAGCCCCGAACAUCAGCCGAGACAUAGUGAAGCAGCUCCUGCCCAAAGCGCCGCCGCUGCAGCAGCUCCUCGACCAGUACGACGUGCUGGGAGACGACAACAAGGACGUGGUGAUGGAGGAGGACGACGAGCACGCCACCACGGAGACAAUAAUGAUGAUGGCCACGGAACCCGAGGCCAUAGUCCGUGUGGACGGGGAGCCAAAGUGCUGCUAUUUCUCUUUCACCCAGAAGUUCCAAGCCAACCGCAUCGUGCGCGCGCAACUCUGGGUGCAUCUGCGCCCGUCGGACGAGGCGACCACCGUGUUCCUGCAGAUCUCCCGCCUGACGCCGGUCACGGACGGGAACAGGAACCCGCGGAUCCGCUCCCUGAAGAUCGACGUGAACGCCGGAGUCAGCUCCUGGCAGAGCAUAGACGUCAAACAAGUGCUGAGCGUGUGGCUGCGGCAGCCGGAGACCAACUGGGGCAUCGAGAUCAACGCCAUCGACACGAGGGGGAACGACUUGGCCGUGACCUCCGCAGAGCCGGGAGAGGAAGGGCUGCAACCCUUCAUGGAGGUGAAGAUCUCUGAGGGGCCCAAGCGCGCCAGGAGAGACUCGGGCCUGGACUGCGACGAGAACUCUCCAGAGUCCCGGUGCUGCCGCUACCCGCUCACGGUGGACUUCGAAGACUUUGGCUGGGACUGGAUUAUUGCCCCAAAGCGCUACAAAGCCAACUACUGCUCCGGGGAGUGCGAGUACAUGCACCUGCAGAAGUACCCGCACACCCACCUGGUGAACAAGGCCAACCCCAGAGGGUCUGCGGGCCCCUGCUGUACCCCCACCAAGAUGUCCCCCAUCAACAUGCUCUACUUUAACCGCAAAGAGCAGAUCAUCUACGGCAAGAUCCCCUCCAUGGUGGUGGACCGCUGCGGAUGCUCUUGAGCUGAGGCGGAGAGCCCCUUCUCCACCAGAGAGAGAGUGGGUGAGGCUCAGUCCAGCACCCUACACCCCACCACACCACCACCACACACACACACACACACACAC